AUGAAGAAGACGGCGAAGGAGCUGGACAUUGUGCUCCAAGGAUGGUUGGAGGAGCAUAAGCAGAAAAAAGUUUCCGACGAGGAGGAGGGUGAGCAAGACUUCAUGGACAUCAUGAUGUCCAUUCUCGACGGAGGGGCUGCAAAGGCCUCCAGUUUCGACGCUAAUACGAUCAACAAAGCUAAUUGUCCGUUCCGACAUUGA